AUGGUAUUCGUCCUGGAAGUGCGCACCGCUGACCUUGCUCGGUUCGCACGACACGGCGGCCCAGAUCUUCGCCAUCUUCGAGGGUACACCGAACCGGAAGGCGCCGUACACAUCAUGGCUUCCCCUUCCACGGCUACCCGUGUUAAAAUCGAGCCGGCAAAGACGCCAGCUUACAAUGUGGCUUUCGAACAGCUCAUGAUUGACUAUUCCGCCUAUCCUGUGUUUCACUACUUCCCCGACAACCCGGACGCCACGAUUCCGGAGCCGAACAAUCUUGAGGAGGAACGUGAGGUCCUUUCAAAAAGGAGGCCGUCCCUUGACUCAUUUACGGAGAGGGAGUUUCAGGUGUUCCGACGGAACAACGAUGCUGCGACUACUAAAGCUAUCGUUGACCGCACCGUGGUCCUAUUCAUUGCCGGCAUGUCCGAUAUCCCCAGUGGGGGAAAGCUCCUCUUCUCCAACCUUGAGGCGAUUGCUCAAAAUGUCAUCAAACCGGCGCCCGAUUUCUUCGACGGAGCUCACCUGAUGGCCAUCCAUAAAAAGAUCAGAAGUGCUAACGAGGACGGUAAUUUGAGUAAGCUGAUCAUCCCUACAAACGACGUCGAUACUCCGGUGCUACCCAACUUCUUCAUGGAAAUAAAAAGUCCUACGGCCAAUGCCCGCGUUGCGCAGCGACAAGCAAUGCACGUCGGCGCAAUCGGAGCCCGUGCUAUGCAAGCAGUCAUGAACUAUGGCAAGGAGGAGCCGUCCUACGACGGCAAUGCCUAUACGUUUAGUUCGACCUACUGCGACGGGAGACUCAAAUUAUUCGCGCACCACGUCGCGCCGCCGACCGCGCCGGGCGGCCGGCCCAAGUACUACAUGACUCUGGUUGAUUCCUGGUCAUUAGAUGACAGCAUCGACUCUUUUCGGAAAGGAGUUACGGCAUUCCGGAAUGCACGGGAUAGGGCGCGAUGGCACCGCGACAAUUUCAUUCAGGCGGCGAACGCAAGAGCACACCACUGUACUUCUAUCAUUGAAUAGUGUGUCCGGCAGAUGUGCGACUCAUACCCCAUCGACGGACGGGAUAAACUCUCUCAGCAAAAACAAUGCCCAACGCCCCUCCAUGAAAGAACGAACAGACCCGGCGCGUUAGUAGCCAAAGCCGAUACAAGCCACCGUCAACACAUCAGGAGCAAGCACAUCCAGACAUCGUUCACUGUACUAGACUUUUUCCAUUCCAUUGUUUUUUAUAAGGGGCAGAAAGGGGCUCGCCCGGGACAGAAAAGCUGAG